AUGCUGGUCCUGGGGUUCAGCACCAGAGGACGGAGCCUCAACCCUGACGACCCCAACGUGUGCAGCCACUGGGAGAGCUACGCCGUGACCAUCCAGGAGUCCUACGCUCACCCCUUUGACCAGAUCUAUUACACCAGAUGCACCGACAUCCUCAACUGGUUUAAAUGCACCAGGCACAGGAUCAGCUACAAGACUGCGUACCGCAGGGGCGUGAGGACCAUGUAUAGGCGCCGCUCCCAGUGUUGCCCUGGUUACUUUGAGAGCGGGGACUUGUGUGUUCCGCUCUGCACGGAGGAAUGCUCCCAUGGCCGCUGCGUCUCCCCAGACACCUGCCAGUGUGAGCCCGGCUGGGGCGGACUGGACUGCUCCAGUGGCUGCGAGAGCGACCACUGGGGACCCCACUGCAGCAACCGAUGCCAGUGCCAGAACGGUGCCAAGUGUAACCCCAUCACAGGUGCGUGUGUGUGCACCGAUGGCUACCAGGGCUGGCGCUGUGAGGAGCCCUGCGAGCUCGGCUACUACGGCAAGGCGUGCCAGCUGCCCUGCCAGUGCCUGAAUGGCGCCACCUGCCACCAUGAGACCGGAGAGUGCAUCUGCGCGUCGGGGUACACUGGCGCUUUCUGUGGGGAGCGGUGCCCCUUCGGGAGUCACGGGCUUCAGUGUGAGCAGCGAUGCCCCUGUCAGAACAGAGGAACGUGCCACCACAUCACCGGAGACUGCUCCUGUCCCACCGGAUGGAUGGGCUCCGUCUGCGCACAGCCGUGUCCGCUCGGGAAGUACGGCGUCAACUGCAGCCGGGACUGUUCCUGCCGCAACGGGGGGCUCUGCGACCACGUCACCGGGCAGUGCCAGUGCGCGGCUGGCUUCAGCGGACGGAGGUGCCAGGACGAGUGCCCCGUUGGCACCUACGGGCCCCAGUGCGGCCAGAGGUGCGACUGUAAGAACGGCGCCAAGUGUUACCACAUCAAUGGCGCGUGCCUCUGUGACACAGGCUUCAAGGGCCCCCACUGCCAGGAGAGGUUCUGCCCGCCGGGACUCUACGGCCUCAUCUGUGACAAGUACUGCCCCUGUGACGCAGCCAACACCGUCAGUUGUCACCCACUGUCUGGUGAGUGUAGCUGCUCCCCUGGAUGGACAGGGCUCUACUGCAACGAAAGCUGUCCGUCUGGCUCCUACGGCGACAGCUGCAGGUCAACGUGUGACUGCGCCCAUGAGACUGAGUGCCACAGUGUCACCGGCUCCUGCAUAUGCCCUGCUGGUCUGAUGGGCGAGGACUGCUCUGCGGUGUGCCCCGCCGGUCUGUACGGGCCCAGCUGCCUGACUUCCUGUUCCUGCCGUAACGGUGGCUCCUGCUCCCCUGUCGACGGCUCCUGUGCAUGCAGAGAAGGCUGGCGGGGGGCAGACUGCUCCGUCCCCUGUCCCAGUGGGUCCUGGGGGCCCGGCUGCAACCAGUCCUGCCUGUGUGCCAACGGGGCGGCCUGUGACCCCUCCAACGGCACCUGUACCUGUCCCCCUGGCUGGAGCGGCCCGCACUGCGACCAGCCCUGCCCUGACGGCACGUACGGCCUGGAGUGUCGGGAGAGCUGCCGCUGUGGGCACGCGGACGGCUGCGAGCCGGGGAGCGGCCUCUGUCGCUGCCACGCCGGCUGGACAGGGAUCCACUGCGACAGUGUCUGUCCCCAGGGCUUCUGGGGGCCCAACUGCUCUGUGAACUGCUACUGUCUGAACGGGGGCUCCUGCUCCGCCGAGGACGGCAGCUGCGUGUGCGCCCCGGGGUACAGAGGGACGUACUGCAGAAGAGUCUGCCUCUCGGGGCACUACGGCCAGGAGUGCAGCCAGCCAUGCCCCCACUGUGUGCACAGCACCGGGACGUGCCACCACGUGACGGGCCGCUGCGAGUGCCUGUCCGGGUUCGUGGGCACCCUGUGCAACAUGGUGUGUCCGAGUGACAGGUACGGGGAGGGCUGCCUGGAGGCGUGUGUCUGCACCAACGGCACCUGCAGCCCUGUGGAUGGCUCCUGCCAGUGCUUCCCCGGCUGGACGGGGGCAGACUGCUCUCUGGCGUGCGCCGCGGGUUACUGGGGUCCUGAUUGUCUCAACUUGUGUAACUGUCACAAUGGAGCCCGCUGCAACGCCUACGACGGGGAGUGCAGGUGCAGCCCCGGCUGGAUGGGUCUCUACUGCACGCAGCAAUGCCCUGCAGGUUUCUACGGGGUGGACUGCUCUGAGGUCUGCCGCUGCCAGAACGGCGCUGAGUGCGACCACACCACCGGGCUGUGUUCCUGCCGGACGGGAUUCAUAGGGAACGCCUGUGAGCAGAAGUGUCCUGCUGGCACAUUUGGCUUCGGCUGUCAGCAAUUAUGUGAGUGUAUGAACAAUGCGACCUGCGACUAUGUGACUGGAACGUGCUACUGCAGCCCCGGCUACAAAGGCAUCCGCUGCGACCAAGCAGCUCUGAUGAUGGAGGAGCUGAACCCCUACACCAAGAUCAGCCCGGCGCGCGGCACGGAGCGCCAGUCGGCCGGGGCCGUCAUGGGAGUCAUCUUCCUGCUCCUCAUCAUCAUGGCCAUGCUCAGCCUGUUCCUGUGGUACAGACAGAAGCAGAGGGAGAAGGGCCAUGAGAUCCAGCCCAGUGUGUCCUACACACAGGCCAUGCACAUCACCAGCACCGACUACUCUCUCUCUGAUUGUGGAAGCACCAUCGCCAUGCGGCCUGGCACCAUCGAGGCCCCCCAGGGCCCGAGCGGGGCCAGUGCCGGGGGUCAGUGCUUCAGCAACCCCAGCUACCACACCGUGGCCCAGUGCAACGUCUCCUCCAGCAUCUCCAGCGGCCUGGACGCCACGCUCACCCUCAAAUCGAGCACCUUGAAAAGCAGGUCCAGCUCAGAGUGGAGGGCCUACUGCAAUCUCAAUGAUCUAGACGUUCAACAAGGGGAGAUUCAGACGCAGAGGAGCUCCAGGAAAGAUCAUAUCAAAGGGUCGCUGUGCGGCAACAGCUCCUGCUCCCUGAACAGCGAGAACCCCUACGCCACCAUCAGGGACCCCCCGGGGCCCGCCUGCCAGCACACGGAGAGCGGCUACGUGGAGAUGAAGUCGCCCUCCCACCGCGAGGUCCCCUUCGGAGGCACCGCCACCCUGCUCGGGAGCGCCGGCAGGAACGUCUACGACGUGGAGCCCACUGUGAGUGUUCUGCAGGGCCCCAACGGCAUGGCCACCGGUUUCUCCCAGAGCCCCUACGACCUGCCCCGCAGCACCCACCUCCCCAGCCACUACGACAUCCUGCCCAUGCGCCACAGCCCCACACACACCCCGCCGCCGGCCGCCCCGGAGAGCCCCAGCUCCCUGCUCUAG